CUGUUGACUCCGGUUGAUGUUUCCGUCGGACCUCAAACACGGACGGACCACAGACAACAACACGCCGCCUGAGCGCUGAUGACGUCACGUGUCUGCUGUGAGUCAUAACUCAACAUGAAGUUUCGAGGGAAGCUCGUGGACGUGGCGUGUCUGAACCAUUUCACCCGAGUCAUCACCACCAUCUCUAAGCUGACCAAGACGUGCGUCCUGCGACUGACUCCAGACAACCUGUUCUUCGUUCUGUCGGGUAAAGUGGCCAACGGAGGCGUCAGCAUGUGGUGUGAACUGUCACAGGCCAACUUCUUCGAUGAGUACCAGAUGGAGGGCGUGUCCUCUGAGGACAACGAGAUCUGUCUGGAGGUGACUCCAGAGAACCUGUCCAGAGCCCUGAAGACGGUCCAGAGCGCCAAGGCCGUCAAAGUCAAACUGACCAAGAAGCACUGCGCCUGCCUCACCAUCGCCGCCGAGCUGCCCACCAUGUCCAGCAUCAGUCGAGUCGUCACUCACGACGUCCCGGUUGACGUCAUCCCCCGGAGACUCUGGCACGAGUUCAAAGAACCCAGCAUGCCAGACUUCGACGUCAGUAUCUACCUGCCUCCUCUGAAGACCAUCAAGAACGUCGUGGACCGAAUGAAGAACCUCUCCAACUUCCUGGUGAUGGAGGCCAACCUGAACGGAGAGAUGAACCUGAAGAUCGAGACGGAUCUGGUUUCUGUCACCACUCACUUCAGAGACCUGGGAAACCCUCCGUGGGGUGAUGAGGCCUCCCAGGAUGGUGGUCCGUCUCAGAGCAGGGACCCAGAGGCGAUGGUCCAGGCCCGGGUGGACAUCAGGAAGCUGCAGCAGUUCCUCACGGGACAGCAGGUCAACCCCAGCAAGGCCAUGUGCAAUAUCGUCCAUGAGAGGGUCGUCCACCUGAUUCUGCUGCAUGAAGAUGUGUCUCUGCAGUAUUUCAUACCCGCUGUGGCGUAGACGCUCACGUUACUUCUUCACACUGUGACUUUGGUGAAAUGAAAAAUGUGCUGUGACCUGUGAGGGAGUUUCAUCACGUGGCAAAGUAUUCAUCUUCCACAGAGAACCUAUGAGGCGAAACGCACAAUGUGUGGGAGUCUGUUCUUCACUUUGAAGAGACCGAAGCUGGUUCCAGUCCUCAUGGUGGACCUCAGGAAGACUCUACGGGCUGACCUGUGGUAGAAGUGAGGACAUGCUGGUAAAUACACAUUUAUCAAAGAGCAUUUGGACGGUUGGGAUGAAAUAGAAAACUGAACACAUUGAUUGUUUGAGAAAUGAGUUCAGAUUGUUAUGUUCUUGGUAUUA